GCCUCCUCCCCGGCCAGGACCCGCCCAGCCCGGAAAACCCCGGCCAGGUCCCUGUCCCGGGCGGUUUCGGUCCGUGCCCGGCCCCAUGGCGGCGACCCCCGGCCCGGGAGCGACCCUCCUGCUGCUGCUGCUGCUGCUGGGCCCCCCGCCGGCCUGGGGGAACGAGGGGGGCGCGCUCGGGGUCUGCAAAUGCCAGAGGCUGAGGACGCCCCCCGGCCGGCUCCGGGACCUCGCCGACAGGGUGAAGGGCUACGAGGCCUGCGGCGGGCACCUCGUCCGGUUCGAGCUGCCCCGUGUACAGAUCUGUGGGCUGGACAGCGCCGACUGGGUGAUCCAGCUCCGCCAGCUCUGGGAGAACAAAGAAGCCGGAAGGAUUGAUGCCCGCCAAGGGGGCGGGGGGCCGGCCCCGAACCCCACCAACGCUUCCCUGCCCCCCAACACCCGGUCCCCCAUGCCCAGUGCGGCGCGACCCCUGGAGCCCCACGGACUCACAGACGGACCCCCGGAGCGGCAGGGACUUACAGACGGACCCCCGCAGCGGCACGGACCCCCAGAGCCGCACGGCCCCCCAGAGCCCCAGGGACUCACAGACGGACCCCCGGAGCCGCACAGACCCACAGAUGAAGCCCUGACCACCGACCCCGUUGGGGGGCCCAGCCUGGCGCCCCAGCAGGGGGAGGGAGCGGCUGAUGGGCCCCCCCCCGCUCAGCCCCGUCCCUACCUCUCGGCCGUGCUGGUGCUGCUGGGCACCACCCUGGGGCUGCUGGGGGGCCUGACCUACGUGCUCUGCCGGCGGAGCCGGCGGCCCCCCCAGCUACCCGGCCCCCCGCCCCGAGACCCAGGCACCGAGACACUGUACCACUCCUGCGAGCUGGGAUGACGGACGACGCCCCCCCAAACCUGGACCCCAGCACCCCGAUCCCCACUGUGCUUUCUUGGGGUGGGGAGGUGGGGGGUGAUGGUAUGCAGGGAAGGGCAAGGAGGGGGUGACUUUGGGGGGUCUAAUGCCCCGGCCCCCCCCACUGCAUGAAGGACCCUGGCUCCGGGGGGCCCCGCAGAGCUGUCCCCCCCCCGCACUAAGCUAAUCUCUAACCACAGAGGAGGUACUCUGGGGAGACACCUGCCAGUCCUGCCCCCCCCAGAGCCUCACUAAUUUAUUCCCCGGGGGGGCCUGCUCCCAGCCCCCCCUUGUACAAUGUGCCAGUGCUUUAAUACAGAAGUUUGUACAA